ACUCCGUGAUGCAAUCAAUGUUGAGAAACACCAGCCGAGAGUAGUGCGGCCUGUUGCUUUCCGAUAUUCACGCAUAUAGUUUUUCGUCCUGCGGUUGCGAGUGAGACAUUUGUUUAUAUUUAUUUGAUGUUUAGAUGAAUAGUUCGUUAUCAACUUAGCCCGUGGAUUUUAAAAGCGUUUAUCAAAGUUUUGUAAAAUAUGUAAAUCUAUUUGCAAUUUGUGAAAAUGGCAAAUUAGCAAAAAUUAUUCAAAUCUGACUGAAUAUCUAGCCCUCCGAUCAAUACUUCAUCUGUAGUUUGAAGAUAUCUAGGUUCAAGCUGUUUUAUGUUUAUAAACAUUUAUUUGAUGUUCUGAUGAAGAAUUGUUCCAUGGAUACAUUUUAAAAGUGUUUGUCCACAUUGUGGAAUGAAUUUAGAUUUGUUUUUGACAAAUGAAAAUGGUGUCUUAAGCAAAAAAUCAUUUAAAUUUGACUGAAUAUCUAGAUUCUAACAUUAUCUAGAAUGUAGUUCUCCGAUACAUACUAUAUCUGUAUUCUGAAGAUAUCUAGAUUUAAUCAGCUCUAUGUUAAUCUACAUUUAUUUCAUGUUCAGGUAAAGAAUUUGUUGUCAACUUAACCAGUGGAAUACUUUUUAAUAGUGUUAUUCUAAAUUUUGGAAUAUAUUUAGAUCCAUUUAUAACAUGUGAAAAUGUCGUCCAAGCAAAUGCUAUUUAAAUCUGGAUUCUAAAAAUAACUAGAAUCCAGCCCUAUGACAAAUAUUACAUCUGUAUUCUAAAUAUAUGACAAUUAAACCGCCUUAUGUUCAGAUUAUUAUUUGAUGUUCACAUGAGCAAUUUUUCGUAAUUCCUGUGGAUGUGUUUUAAAAGCAUUUAUCAAAACUUCGGAACAUAUUUAGAUCCAUUUGUAUCAUGUGAAAAUGUAAUUAAAGCAAAAAUGUUAAAAAUUUGACUGAAUAUCUAGAAUAAGUACAAGCCAUCUUUUAUUAACAUACAUUUGAUGCUCAUAUGAAGAACUGAUUGACAACUUAACCUAGAGAAACAUUUUAUAAAGUGUUUAUCACAAUUUUGGAAUAUAUUUAGACUUGGUUACAACAAGUGAAAAUGGCGGCUAGGUAAAAUUUUGAUACUGUAUAGUGCGUUAAUGCGUAUGAUAAUGUCUAGAGAAAUAAUGCAGUGGCAUAAAUUCCGCAUUUGGUGAAAAAAUAUUUUUUAACUCUAUAAACUUAUGAAAUAUUUUAAAGUAAGCUACGUAAAUAUAAAAAAAAAGCCAUCAAAUUUGUACGUCAUCGAAAAACGUCAUCAGAAAACGUCCUCAAAUUUGUAAAUUCAUUAAUUAUUCAUAAAUUAGUGAUAAUUAAUGAUCCUCAAAUAUCAUUAGUAGAAGCAAAAAAAAAAAAAUUACUUUGAAAAUAAUUUACCGGCAGUAGCAUUACACAAUGAAUGUCUAUGGAAUUAACGUAUUUUUAUCUCUGUUCACACUUGCUUUAGGCAUAAAUUUUGACGAAGACAAUGACAUCGCCAGCAAAAACUGCAGUGAACUGCUUCCAGGUUGCGAUUGUUAUGAUCUUGAGACAAUUGGUAUUAUACAGGUGAAGUGUUGGAAUGCCACGGAACUGUUUAAUACUAGUUACUUGAUGGAUGGAUCAAUAUUUGGAGUGAAUGAGACUUAUGAAAUCAUAGUGGAAGGGGGAGUAUCAGCCCUUCCACCCAGAAGUCUUGAAGGGUUGAUUGUCUACAGACUCAUUUUAGAUGAUCCUGGCAUACUGGAUAUUCACGAGGAUGCGUUUGAAAAUGUGCUUAGAUUGAGAAGAUUCCAUGUGCGCGGCAGUUCUCUUAAGAAAAUUCCCAAUUUAGGUCCUGUCCGUGAUUCACUCCAAUAUUUAAAUUUGGAUAAUAGCUUGCUCACCUCCUUGGAGGGUCAUGCACUGAAAAACUUUUCAUUCCUAGAGAACAUUUCAUUUUUCAAUAACUCCAUUCAGCAAAUUGAUUCAGAUGUUUUUGAGGGUACUAAUAAUGUCAUAAUAUUUGAUCUCUCUUAUAACAAGCUGGCUUAUUUACCUUCCCAUUUGUUCGAUUCAUGGAAAAGUCUGAGAAAAGUUGCACUUUCCCAUAACCAACUACUACACGUCAAAAAUCUUUUUCAGUUUGCAACUCCACUAUUUAUUUAUUUGGAUUACAAUAAUCUCACUGACAUAAACGCCAUUUUACCCUCAAAGAAUUUGAAUUUGACUACAUUGUUGAUUUCAAACAAUCCUAUAACGAAAGUUACUCCAACGUGUUUCAAUGAUAAAGCACCAAAUAUCAAGUUUAUAUACAUGGACCACUGUCUAAUUCGAAAAUUUGACGUGAGCCACUAUCAAAAUCUAGCACAUCUCAACACACUGGAUCUUAGUUACAACAUGCUUGAAGAAAUGCCAGAACAGAGCAUCAACUUCGGAUUCAAUCUAGAAUUGGUGUUGGUGGGGAACCAAAUUCGAGAAUUUCAUGCUGAAAUGGGUUAUAACGUAAAAAGACUUUACCUCACCAGCAACAACUUGAAGAAAUUGGGAAAAACUCUACGAUUCACGCAAUUGACAGAAGUGUCUAUUGACAAGAACGAACUCCAGCAGUUGGCGGUCGAAGACUUUGUUGGCGUUAAUGAACUGAACGUAUUCAAGGUCCAAGAAAAUAAAAUUGCGAGGAUUGAUCGUGAGGCAUUUGACACAAUUCGCAACGAUCUCAACAAUGUAGACCUUAGUUGCAAUCUUUUGAAAUCACUGAAUGGCAGCAUUCGAUUUUUAUCUCAGUUGAAAUAUUUGAAUCUUACAUCGAAUCUCAUAGAAAAAUUCGAGGAUAGAGAAUUCGCCGGUCUCAACGAGUUAUCUGAAUUGUAUAUUCGCGGAAAUCGAAUUGUUGAGCUAGGAGAUCAACUUGAAUCGUUACCUCAAUUGCAGUUUCUUGUGUUAUCGAGUAACAGAAUUCAGAGUCUGAAAAUGGAACAAAUACCAAAAAGUCUGCAGUAUCUCUAUUUACGUGAUAAUCCCAUGCAAUGUGAUUGCCGACUUCUUCCAUUUCUACAAUGGCUAAACUCGUCUGGAUCACCGAUUACAGACUAUCCUCUCUGUCUGUCUACGGCCUCAAAUUCUUCAAAACGUGUUCAGUCAUGUCCAACGGGAUGCAACUGUUACUGCACGAAAGAUGCUGAUAAUUAUUUUAUGACGUUGGAUUGCAGCUUCAAGAAUAUGUCAGUCCUACCACAGUUACUCACAGUUAAUAGUGUUGACGACUCGUUCCAUCUGAAGAUUAACUUUGAAAUGCAGUUCUAUGAAGAAAACUCAACAGUUGAAAACUCCAUUGCCGUGAUAGACACUGUUAGAGGCAUUAAUCUUUCCAACAACAACUUGGAAUCCUUGGAAAAUGCGAGAUGGCCUUCUGAUCUACGACAGCUCUUUUUACACAACAACAAAUUACGAAAAAUGACGAAUGUAAUACUCCUCGAUUUUCCAGUGCUUCGAAAAGUGUCGUUAUCGGGAAAUCCGUGGAUUUGUGAUUGCGACACUGUAGAAUUUCGAAGGUGUAUUCUGUCAAAAGAAGAAAUUAUAUUGGAUGGGAACCAAACAUUGUGCGGUAAAUCUGACGAGUCGGGAAACAAUGCAUUGGAAGGAAAAGCUAUAUGGACACUGGAUGACAGGGAUCUAUGUCCUACAUUUAUAGGAUUGUAUUUUUCUAUUGGAUUUGGUUUGAUUGCUUUUUCCUUGGUCAUCACCGUUUUGAAGAUUGUCCACACAAGGUAUGAAAAGGAUAUUAAGGUGUGGCUAUACUCACAUGGUAUCAAGUGGGUUAAAGAAAAAGAUAUCGACAAGGAUAAAAAGUAUGAUGCUUUUAUAUCAUACAGCGAUAAGGAUUUCGAUGCAGUACAGAACCUCAUUCGCACAAUAGAAGCCAAGCAACCAAUGAGCAGACUUCAUUUUCACUUUAGAGACUUCUUGGGCGGAGCUCCGAUUGAACAAAACAUAAUACAUGCUGUUCAAAAUUCGAAAAGAACAAUAGUUGUGCUCUCAAAGAAUUACCAAGAAAGUGAAUGGUGCAUAUUUGAGUUUCAGCGCGCCCGUAGCCAAACUCUAAAGGAUAAGGUAAACCGUAUACUGAUCAUCAGAAUGGGAGAAUUACCAGAUAAUUUGGAUGAUAAUAUCAAAGCACAUUUGAAGAGUACGACUUAUCUCAUUUGGGGAGAAAAAUUCUUCUGGGAGAAACUUUUUUACGCGCUGCCAACAUCUGGUCAGAAAAAUGAUAAGAUUAGCAGCAGUGACUUCAAUUCUAAAUCAUGCCUGGUGGGCAUUUAAAGUAUUUGAUUAGUCUAAAAACUUAGAAGAAACUGAAAACUUAGAAACUUCAUUAAUAGUAUUAUAAAAUCAUGCUUAGCAUAAAGUAGUUUGCUAUGACAUAUUUUGAGAACUUUCUGUCAAUUUAAAUUUUUACGAUGUACGAUUUUUUAAGUUGUGUUGUCUCGUUGGAUCUUUCUUUUGAAGAUUGGGAUUCAUAAUCAGCAAACUUAGGGAUUUGUGCUGAUUGUUUGUUAAAUUGCUGAUUGGUUUCGAAAAAUAGAUAAGGAACAUAAAACACAAAAUUUAUUAUUUGUCGAACUUCGUUUAAAUGUCUAUAUUCAGUUUAAUAUGGCUCUUAAAAUGCCUUAGUCCAAAUUUUUAAAGUCAUUCAAAAAAAAUUUUUUUUAACAAGCAUAAUUUCUUUCUUUUUCAUAUUUGUUUAAAUAAAACCUUUAGGUAUUAAUGUAAUAUCCGAAAUCAGUGUGUUCGAGGCUUCAAACUCUUAUUUUUUGCAAACUCGGAUAUUUAUUAAAUUCAUAAAAAAAAAUAAAUAAUAAUAAUAAAUAUAAAAAAAACAUUUAGUAAUAUCAUGUCAUGUGCAAAUUAUGUGCAAUCUAAAUAUCAUGUGUAUAAUUUCUUGGAUAAGUCUAAAAUCAAAAUUACACAUAAUCUAUUAAAAAUAUUUGAAUCCUACUGUUCUUUUAGAUAUAAUGUUUCCCUGAAUUUUGAUUUUUUUUCAUACAUAAGUAACUUCGUAACUUCUUGAUAUAUCAUACUUUUGCUGGAAAAAUUAUCGGUACUAUCAAAACUGUAAAGUUAUAAUUGAUUGUCUUGUGAAAGUAAGAUCAUAUAUCUAUCAUUGUAAUUAUCAUAUACAUCUUUUUUAAUACCAUAUACAUUUUUUGUAGUAUCAUAUACAUCUUUUGUAAUAUCAUGUACAUAAUAUCUUGUAAAAAUAUGUAUUUCUAUAAGGUUGGUUGUGUUCUUGUAUUGUGUUCCUAGAUUUAGUUUAUUAAAUAUUUGCAUAAUUUAAAACUGAAAGCUGUCAUUGUUUUAACAGAAAUAUACCAUUUUUUUUUCAUUUUUUCUAGUAUGUAUUUUUUUUUAUUUAUUUUUUUAGAAAUAACCUUUACUACUGCAGAAUUUCCGUAGUUUCAAAAAUAAUUUCCCUUGUGGUACCGAAGGUAUUUUAUAAAUAUUUUAAUAAAUUAAAAUAAAAAUAAUUUUCUCCACAUCUACAUGUGAAUGUACUAUCAAAACUAUAAAGCUAUAAUUGAUUGUCUUGUGAAAGUCAGUUAAGAUCAUUUAUCUAUCAUUGUAAUUCUAAUAUACAUCUUUUUUAAUACCAUAUACAUCUUUUGUAGUAUCAAAUACAUCUUUUGUAAUAUCAUGUAUAUAAUGUCUUGUAAAAAUAUGUAUUUUUAUAAGGUUGGUUGUGUUCUUGUAUUGUGUUACUAGAUUUAGUUUAUUAAACAUUUGAAUAAUUUGAAA